AUGGCUACGUCUAUUCUCGGGGAAGAGCCACGCUUUGGAACCACACCUCUGGCCAUGCUAGCCGCCACCUGCAACAAGAUCGGCAACACCAGCCCGCUGACCACCUUGCCGGAGUCGAGCGCCUUCGCCAAGGGCAGCUUCCACCCCUGGAAGCGCUCCACCUCCAGCUGCAACCUGGGCUCCAGCCUGUCCGGCUUCACGGUGGCCACCAGCCGCGGCUCCAGCGGCUUGGCCAGCGGCAGCGGGACGGCCAACAGCGCCUUCUGCCUGGCCUCCACCUCGCCCACGUCGUCGGCCUUCAGCAGUGACUACAGCGGCCUCUUCUCCAACUCGGCGGCGGCGGCCGGCGUGUCUCCGCAGGAGGCCGGCGGGCAGUCGGCCUUCAUCUCCAAAGUGCACAGCUCCGCGGCCGAGAGCCUGUACCCGCGGGUGGGCAUGGCGCACCCCUACGAGUCCUGGUACAAGUCCGGCUUCCACUCCACGCUGGCGGCGGGCGAGGUGGCCAACGGCGCGGCCUCGUCGUGGUGGGACGUGCACACCAACCCGGGCUCGUGGCUGGAGGUGCAGAACCCGGCGGGGGGGCUGCAGAGCUCGCUGCACUCGGGCGCCCCCCAGGCCUCGCUCCACUCCCAGCUGGGCACCUACAAUCCGGCCGACUUCAGCUCGCUGACCCACUCGGCCUUCAGCUCCACCGGCCUGGGCUCCACGUCGGCGCCGCUGGGCGGCUCGCCGCGCUCGUCGGCCCGCCGCUACUCGGGCCGCGCCACCUGCGACUGCCCCAACUGCCAGGAGGCCGAGCGGCUGGGGCCGGCGGGGGCCAGCCUCCGGCGCAAAGGCCUGCACAGCUGCCACAUCCCCGGCUGCGGCAAGGUGUACGGCAAGACGUCGCACCUCAAGGCCCACCUGCGCUGGCACACGGGCGAGCGGCCCUUCGUCUGCAACUGGCUCUUCUGCGGGAAGCGCUUCACGCGCUCCGACGAGCUCCAGCGGCACCUGCGGACUCACACCGGCGAGAAGCGCUUCGCCUGCCCGGUCUGCAACAAGCGCUUCAUGCGCAGCGACCACCUGAGCAAACACAUUAAGACGCACAACGGGGGAGGCGGGGGCAAAAAGGGCAGCGACAGCGACACGGACGCCAGCAACCUGGAGACGCCCCGCUCCGAGUCCCCGGACCUCAUCCUGCACGAGGCGCGAGGCAAGGACUCCUCAGCCGGGCCCAACGACUCGUAG